AUGGUCAUGGACUUAAAAACACCUUUGUUAGUAAACCCAAAUGAAACGCACAAUAUUACAUCCUAUUCAAAUGCCAGUCUGCUCAGUCUGCUCACGUUCAGCUGGCUCAACUCUCUGCUUAAACAUGGAAACAAGACAUGUUUAAAGCUUGAUCAUGUGCCUUCUCUAUUCGGCAAGGACACUGCUUUGCACUCAGAUCUUACAUUCCAAUCCAACCUGAGUAAGCUUAGGGCAAACAGUCCAUUAUGCAGCACAGGGCUGGCAAAAGCUAUAUUCUUAUCUAUUUGGGAAGAAUGGUCUGUGAAUGCACUGUUUGCAUUGGCUUAUACCAUUUCAAGUUUUGUGGGUCCUUACCUGAUAAGCCCAUUAAUGGAGUAUUUGGAAGGAAAACAAGAACAAGUGUUUGGGUACGGGGGUGGAUAUAUGCUUGCCUCUGUUUUCAUUGGGACAAAGGUGAUAGAAUCAUUUACAAAGCCAUAUCGGUUCUUUGGAUCCCAUAGGCUUAGCUUACAGAUCAGAUCAGCCCUGACAGCUGCCAUAUAUAAGAAAGGUCUCAGGCUUUCAUAUGCAGCCAGGCAAAGACAUUCUAGUGGAGAAAUUAUCAAUUAUGCAAGCACAGAUGUCGACACUAUUGGAGACUUCGCUUGGUUUGGGCAUGAUAUUUGUUUGUUGCCAGUACAAAUUCUGCUUGCUCUUUUCAUUUUGUACCGAAAUCUAGGGAUAGCGUCACUAGCAGGCCUGGCAGCAACAAUUGCCUUGGCACUUGCAAACCAGCCUUUUGCGGGAUUGCAAAAGAAAUUCCAAUAUAAGAUAAUGGAAGCCAAGGAUGAGAGGAUGAAGAUCACUUCGGAGGCAUUGAGGACUAUGCAAAUAUUAAAACUUUAUGCUUGGGAAACUAAAUACAUGCAGAGGUUACUGGAUAUGAGGAAAAAUGAAUGUGGAUGGCUGUGGAAGUAUUUAUACGCUAGAGCUAUUGUUAAAUGUGUUUUCUGGGCAACUCCAAUUCUUGUUUCGGCUGCGACAUUUUGCAUUUGUGUAUUCGUAGGAGUAAAUUUAACCACUGGAAAAGUCCUUGUCACAUUAGCAACUUUAAAAGUCCUUCAACGUCCAAUACAACUUCUUCCAGAUUUAGUUUCUGCACUAGCUAAGGCUAAAGUAUCUCUCGACAGAAUUGCCAACUUUCUGGAGAUGGAAGAGCUUCAAUGUACUGCAGUAGAAAGGACAGAAAUGAGGCCAAGCGGAGCAAUAAUUGACAUUGAAGGUGGAGAAUUCAGUUGGGAUCCUUUCUCGCCCGCAUCUAAUUUAUCAGUAAUUAGGUUGCAGGUGAAAGCUGGGAUGAAAGUUGCGAUCUGCGGACCAGUUGGUUCAGGUAAGUCAAACAUUCUGUCAUGUAUUCUUGGAGAAAUGACAAAAAUAUCUGGGGAAGUUAAGGUGAGAGGCCGCACAGCGUAUGUUUCUCAGUCUCCAUGGAUACAGUCUGCGACAACACAAGAGAACAUAUUGUUUGGGAAGGCAAUGAAUGAAAUGAAAUAUAAAGAAGUUAUCAAAGCUUGUGCAUUGGAAAAGGACCUCCAGCUGUUCUCUCAGGAAGACCAAACUCAGAUAGGAGAGAGAGGUAUUAACUUGAGUGGUGGACAAAAGCAAAGAAUACAGCUCGCUCGUGCUAUAUACCAAGAUGCACAUAUCUAUCUUCUUGAUGACCCUUUCAGUGCUGUUGAUGCUGACACUGGAACUCACCUCUUCAAGGAAUGCAUACAAGGAAUUUUGAGAUCAAAGACCAUAUUAUAUGUGACUCACCAAGUUGGAUUCUUACCUCCUGCAGACCCCAUUCUAGUAAGCCCUAUCUUGCGUAUAUAGAAAUGCAUGCCUGUUAGUAUUUUUUCUUA